AUGGCCAGGAAGGACGAGGAAGUUGAGAAGUUUGUCCAGCAGAAUUCGGACCAGUUGCUGUGGCCUAUUUGGCCUGGGCUUACCCACGUUGAGCGGGCAGAUGUUUUCCGGUAUUUGGUCCUGUGGAAGGAAGGCGGCUACUAUGCAGAUGCCAACGUGGAAUGCAUGAAGCCCAUCGACGAGUGGGGCAUCCCGAAUGAAGCGACGAUGAUCGCGGGCUACGAGUUCGGACAUCGCCUUCCGGAGGAGGAUCGGAAGCUCUUCCAGUUCGCCCGCACCGAGCAGUUCGAGCAAUGGUUUUUGGCCUCAGCUCCUGGGAAUCCAGUCCUGCUGCGAUGUAUGGAGCUGGUGCGGCAACGCUACAGCUGGAAACUCCAAGACACCUUGCAGCUCAGUGGUGCGGGGGUUUGGAGCGACGCUGUACACGAGUUCCUGGCGCGAACGGUGCCAGAGGUUCUGGAGAAGGAGGUCGCCUUCCGGUCCAAUAAGAGCGCCUGGGAAAGCCGACCUGAAGGAGACAAGAUGUGUAGAGUGGGAGUUAGCUUGCCAAUGUUCUUAGACAACCCCAGAAAUCCCAGAAUCCAUUUAGGGCUUGAGGAUUGGACAUGUUCCACACCUCAAACCACAAACUGCCACCACACAUGCCGACAGCGACAGUGGUUGGCCUCCAACCUAAUAGCAAUGGCCUCCAACCGAACAGCGAUGGCCUCCAACCUAAUAGCGAUGGCUUCUCAAACCCACUGGCAAUGCCCAUUUUAA